AUGUAUCCCAUCGAGACCGUGUCGAGUCUCAACACUCUUCCAGACGAACUCCUCCUCCAUAUUCUUGGACAUCUAGACUAUCCUUUUCUACUGGCUCUUUCUAGAGUGUCACACCGAGUCCGUUCCAUCUCCCUUGAUCGUGUUUUGCAUUUGCAGCUUCUUCACAACUCGUCUGUACACCUGUCCGUGUUCCUGUCUCGACGGCCUCCCCUGCGGUCUCUCCAGCCUCCAGCUUCGGCAAUUUAUCUGACUCGUACGCAUGUUGCUGCCCGUCGUCUCCAUUUUCGCUUGCUAUCAGCAACUUUAAAUCGGUCGUUGUCUCGGCGGCCGUCCAUCUCGUCCCUUGUUAAUGCGCGCAUUCUGCCCAAGGAUUGCUGUCGCCGUGAUCGGUCAAGCGGGGAGAUUAUUGUCACAUAUUUCAAACUCUCUGAGCGCAGGCACAGGCUCGACUUUGAGAAGUUCAGAGAAGGCAUGCAAGACUGGCUCGAGAAGAAGGCCCGGGCGAUCAAGAAGCACAAGUCGCAUGUGGGUGGUGUUGGCAUUCUGGUAUGGAGGUUUACCAAGAGAAACAGAGGGACCGAUAGCUCACCAACAGGCUCAUUCACGCGUGCAUGUUCCAAUACGCAUCACGUCUCGAGCCUUAGACGUUUCUGGGAAGACGUGGGCGCUGAGGGAAGCUCACUUCGAAAUCGCUAA